AUGGCGGACACUGCGACGGAGAUCGACCUCGACUCAGUCAUUGACAGGCUUCUUGAAGUACGCGGCAACCGUCCAGGGAAGCCCGUACAACUGCAGGAAUACGAAAUAAAGUACCUUUGUACGAAAGCUCGCGAGAUUUUUAUCAAUCAGCCCAUCCUACUUGAACUGGAGGCUCCCAUCAAGAUAUGUGGUGACAUCCACGGCCAAUAUUAUGACUUAUUGCGACUUUUCGAAUAUGGAGGAUUUCCGCCAGAAGCGAAUUACUUAUUCCUCGGGGACUACGUGGAUCGCGGCAAGCAAUCCUUGGAAACUAUUUGUCUUCUAUUGGCAUACAAAAUUAAGUACCCGGAAAACUUCUUCGUGCUGAGGGGAAAUCACGAGUGUGCAAGUAUCAACCGAAUCUACGGGUUCUAUGAUGAAUGCAAGCGACGGUACAACAUCAAGCUCUGGAAGACUUUCACCGAUUGCUUCAACUGUCUACCCAUCGCAGCCAUCAUCGAUGAAAAGAUCUUCACGAUGCACGGAGGUCUCUCACCAGACUUGCAGUCAAUGGAGCAGAUCCGAAGGGUUAUGAGACCCACUGACGUCCCUGAUACUGGCCUCUUGUGUGAUCUUCUUUGGUCAGACCCCGAUAAAGAUAUUACAGGUUGGUCGGAGAACGAUCGAGGAGUGUCAUUUACGUUUGGACCCGAUGUCGUGUCGAGGUUCCUGCAGAAGCACGACAUGGAUUUGAUAUGUCGAGCGCAUCAGGUCGUGGAAGACGGGUAUGAGUUUUUCGCCAAGCGACACUUAGUGACCUUGUUCUCGGCGCCCAAUUAUUGUGGCGAGUUUGAUAAUGCGGGGGCUAUGAUGAGUGUAGACGAAACGCUUCUGUGCUCUUUCCAAAUAUUGAAGCCUGCUGAGAAAAAGGCCAAAUAUCCUUACGGCGGUGUGAAUAUGGGGCGGCCGGUCACAACACCUCGCAAACAGAAGAAGAAGGAUGCUAGCAAAAUGGGCUGA